CCUGGGGUAAAUAGCCCUGGAGCCUGGAGGAUUGAAAUGGGCCAAGGCGUUGCUUCACCUACCUACCUAACCCAGAAGGCUAGAACUUCCAAGCUUACCUAGGUAUUUAUACCUGAACAUCGACACAACGCCAAGAUGGCACAGAAUAAACAGUUCGUCGAAGAAGCUCACAAACCCACCCCCAUCCCGAGGCCACGGCGGCUUCGUAGCUUGGUAAUCUGGAGAUUCCUUGUCGCCGUAGCCCUAUUAUCAAUCCUACUCUUCAAGGCAGUGUUGUCUUUCCCGGUUUUCUGGCGCAUCGCCCCCGAAAAUCGCCCGGCCUCUUUCUCUUAUUGCGGUGAGCGCAUCGCGUGGGAGGAAUGCGGCGACCUCCAUGGACGACCGCUUGAAUGCAGCAGCAUUGACGUGCCGCUGGAUCAAUUUAAUGCAUCUUCUUCUCGCGGCGUGAAUCGCAAAUCCUUCAGCAUCCCGCUGAUUCGCCAGCGCGGCCACAAUGCCACUCAGAAUCUGCUCCUGAACCCCGGCGGGCCUGGCGGUAGCGGGAUUGAGUUUAUCUACCGGCGUGGCGAGCAGCUGCGCGCUAUUGUCGGUGAAGGGUUCCACCUAUUGUCCUUUGACCCCCGCGGCGUCAACAGCUCGCGUCCACAGGCUACGUGCUACCCCGACGCUGAGACGCGCCGCGAAAGGUCUCGCGUACGCGCCAGCAGGGUCGUGGAAGACAGCAUUGAGGCAUUCGCGUGGUCGCACAAUUUUGUCAGGGCAUGCGCCGAUUCCAUGGGCGAGUACGCGCCGUACCUCAACACGCCGCAGACGGCUUCCGACAUGAACAGCAUUCUCGACGCGCUCGGACAGGAAGACUUGGUGUACUGGGGUUUCAGCUACGGCACGUUGCUGGGCCAGACGUACGCGACUCUGUUCCCCGAUCGUUCUAAGCGCGUCAUCAUUGACGGCGUCGCGAACCAAUUCGACUGGUACGAAGCACUGCUCGAUAACGAGACUUUUGAGGACACGGAAAACGUGUGGGAUGGCUUUUUAGACGAAUGCAUCAAGGCUGGCGCCAACUGCACCCUCUCAUCACUGGUGAAGUCCAAGGAACUACUAAAGGACAAGCUAUUCGCAUUCAUCGACGACCUAAGAGAGAGCCCGCUCAGCGUGUACAUCAACACCACCGUCUACGGGACCCUGGACUACGAGACGCUCUGGUACAGGGCCGUGUUCCCCGCGCUCUACAAGCCCGCGACCUGGUACGCGCUCGCGGACCGCCUCGCCUCGCUGCUGCAGGGCAACGCGACCUCCGCCUUCCUCGCGUACGGCCUCGACGAGCCGUGGAACAUGGAGGGCGACUCGAACGACUUCAUCACGCACAACGACGGCGCGUCGGGCGCGGCGCACUGGCCGCAGGACCGCAGCGCCGCCCUCGACCUGCUCAUCCCAUACAUGAACACGAGCCUCUUCGCGCCGGCCGAGUACGGCGGGUACUACACGAAGCAGCAGUGGCGCGUCCCGCGGGCGCACAGCUACGUCCCGCGCUCCGGCGUGCAGACCGCGCACCCGCUGCUCAUCCUCUCCACGACCUACGACCCCGUGUGCCCCCUGCUCUCCGCGCGCUCGGCCAACGCCGCGUUCGAAGGGUCCCAGAUCGUCGAGGUGCAGGGCUACGGACACUGCUCGCUGGCCGCGCCGUCGACGUGCUUGGCAAGGCACGUGAGGGCGUUCUUGUACAAUGGCACGCUGCCGGAUGGAUACACGCAGUGCGAGGUCGACGGGCCGUAUUUUAUCAAGCCGGAAGAGGACGGGAAGGUGAAGGCGCAGAAGCACUUUGAGGAUCCGGAGGAAAGGGGGAUUCACCUGGCGCAGCUUGAGCUCGCUAGGGAUUGGGAGUGGUAGUUGGCUGUCUCGACGCUUGUGUGUGCGCUAGGUGCAAUAUGGGACAGAUAAAGGCGAAAAUCAGUAUUUACCCCUAUUUAGUUUGCAUCCAUGGGUGUAAUGCUAUUGGUUUCGAGGAUAGACUACUAGUAUUUAGUUGGUAGCUACCUAGUCACCUCCUCGGGCCGACACGCUAGGAUCUGAUCGGCGAGAAAAUUUGACUCGACUCCAUACUUGCUAUCCUUAUUCGUAGACCGAGAUCGCGCAGCGGCGUAGACAUCAACUCUCGCGAUGUAACCAAGGGAUCUGUACUUACUAUUCCCAACAAAGAAUAGUUACAACAGCCAUAUGCAAGGGGAAUAAAUGGAGUGCUUAGCAGGCGUAGCAGAAUUGAUGUUGAAUUAGAG